AGGAUGUCCAAUUCCACCACCAACUUCUACGCGCUGUCUCAGUCCUUCAGCUUCUCUGACAUCAUUGUCAUCGUAAUUUACUUCCUUCUCAACCUGGCCGUAGGCAUAUGGUCAUCAUGCAGGGUGAGCAGGAACACGCUAAGUGGCUACUUCCUUGCGGGGCGAGACAUGGCCUGGUGGCCGAUUGGAGCUUCAUUGUUUGCCAGUUCAGAGGGCUCAGGUCUGUUCAUUGGUCUUGCCGGGACAGGAGCUGCUGGGGGCAUUGCUGUCGCAGGCUUUGAAUGGAACGCCACUUAUGUGUUGCUGGCUCUAGCUUGGGUGUUCGUUCCGGUCUACAUCUCCUCAGGGAUCGUGACAAUGCCUGAGUACCUAGGCCGGCGUUUCGGAGGAGAGAGGAUUCGAACCUACUUGGCUGUUCUCUCAUUGCUUCUGUCCGUCUUCACAAAGAUAUCAACUGACCUCUAUUCAGGAGCCCUGUUUGUCCAAGUGUGUCUAGGAUGGAACCUUUACCUGUCCACUGUCCUCAUGCUGGUGGUCACGGCGCUGUAUACUAUUGCUGGUGGUCUUGCUGCUGUCAUCUAUACAGACACGCUGCAAACAUUGGUGAUGAUUGUAGGAGCAAUCAUUCUCACCAUCACUGCUUUCAACAAGAUUGGAGGCUAUAGUAACCUGGAGAAAGUGUACAGCAUGGCAGUGCCCAGCAAGAUCAUACCCAACAGUACCUGCCAUCUACCUCGAAAGGACGCCAUGCACCUGUUCCGAGACGCUGUCACUGGAGACUUGCCCUGGCCUGGCAUGACCUUAGGACUCACAAUCCUGGCUACUUGGUACUGGUGCACUGAUCAGGUGAUUGUUCAACGAUCCCUCUCGGCAAAAAACAUGAGCCAUGUGAAGGGAGCGUCCAUCCUGGCUGCCUAUCUGAAGAUGCUGCCCUUCAUCUUCAUCAUCCUUCCGGGCAUGAUCAGCCGUGCUCUCUAUCCAGAUACAGUGGGAUGCGUCGACCCCGAGGACUGUGUGCGAGUUUGCGGAGCCGAGGUGGGAUGCUCCAACAUCGCCUUCCCCAAACUUGUCAUUGAGCUCAUGCCAAGUGGAUUGCGGGGCCUCAUGAUAUCAGUGAUGAUGGCUGCUCUGAUGUCAUCGCUGACCUCCAUUUUCAACAGCAGCUCCACAUUGUUCACCAUGGACAUCUGGAAGAAGCAUCGGCCGCGAGCCUCAGAGAAAGAGUUGCUACUGGUUGGCAGGAUUGUGACAGUGAUUUUGGUGGUGGUGAGUGUGGUGUGGAUCCCCAUCUUGCAGUCCGCCAACAGCGGCCAGCUGUAUGUUUACAUUCAGUCCGUGACUAGUUACCUGGCGCCACCCGUCACGGCUGUGUUCACCCUGGCAGUCUUCUGGAGGAGAACCAAUGAGCAGGGCGCAUUCUGGGGCCUUAUGGUUGGCUUGGUUGUGGGGGUGUGCCGGAUGGUGCUGGAGUUUGCCUUCCCGCCUGCCAGGUGUGGCGUCAUUGACUCAGCGCCUGCCGUUCUGCGCCGCGUUCACUACCUCCACUUUGCCAUUUUACUUUGUGGGCUCACCGCUAUUGUGGUCACCGUGGUGUCACUGCUUACACCUCCCCCGGGCCAUGACCAGUUGAGGAACUUGACCUGGUGGACUCUGACCGAGGAGUCUCCCAGACAAAUCCCUCUACAGAAAGUCUCCUCUGCCAGUCACCGUAAUUCUCAAGGUUCCACACCAGCGCAUCAGAUGACUUGUGGUCAUGGCCUGCGAUUGUGCAUGGCAGCAGUCCAGCGCUUUCAGGAGACUCCCAGAGUUCCAAGCGUACGCGAGAGUGCUUUCUGGUCAAGAUUCUGCUGCGCAAACGCCCUCCUGCUUGUCAGCAUUAACAUUUUUCUCUAUGCAUACUUUGCCUGA